AUGACCCGAAUCACUCAAUCGCGCGAGGGUCAAUCCCCUCUUCUCAUUCACGAAUGGAGGGCAGUCCAGGCAUUGGGUGGUGGUUUGCAGAGACUCUACUCACUAGUUCAGAGGGAGCGCAGCUCUAAUGCAGCAACGCGUGCCUGGAUCAGUAUCUGUACAGAUGAGCAACUCAAAGAGCAAUGGGACCGCUUACAUGCCUCACACAAACAGCCAACUUCCCUCCCCUUAUACGGCGUCCCCUUUGCCGCAAAAGACAACAUAGAUGCAGUAGGCUUCGCAACCACGGCGGCUUGCCCGGCAUUCGCCACCACUCCUGCCACUGAAGACGCUUCUGUCGUUGCGAGACUAAAGGCAGCUGGUGCCAUCCUCAUUGGCAAGACCAACCUCGAUCAGUUCGCUACAGGUCUCGUCGGAACUCGGUCACCGUUCGGAGCGGUUCCCAACAGUUUCGACCCUACGAGGGUAAGCGGCGGAUCCAGUUCGGGCAGUGCCGUUGUGGUCGCUCGGGGAGCUGUCCCAUUCUCUCUGGGAACCGACACGGCGGGAUCCGGUCGUGUUCCCGCCGGCUUGAAUAACAUCGUCGGCUUGAAACCUACACGCGGUGCUCUGAGCGCAAGAGGAGUGGUGCCGGCUUGUCGGACACUAGACUGCGUGUCCAUCUUCGCGCUCACUGCAGAUGACGCCGAGACGGUGUUGUCUGUCGCAGAGGGUUACGAUGCGCAGGACUCUUACUCGAGGAUCCGGCCGUUGAACACCACACAUACUUCAGACUCUGGAUUCGGACACAAGGCGAAUGAAAGACUGCAGCCCGUGCUGGCUAUUUGUGCUAAUCCACCUUGGUUCGACCGCGAUGACCAUUCUCCUUCGUAUGAAGCUGUCCUCGACAGGGCUAGAUCACUCGGAUGGGUACUACAGCCUGUCGACUUCACAUUGCUUUUCGAGCUCGCGUCACUGCUUUACUUCGGCCCAUGGGUCGCAGAGCGUUACCAAGCGAUUCGAACCUUUAUCCAGAACAUUGAACCAGAUCAGAUGGAUCCCGUGGUGCGCAAGAUCAUCAAGCAAGCGGAGAGCUUCUCUGCCACGGACGCUUUCGAGGGCGAAUACAAGAGGCAGGACUUGACGCGCCAGAUCGAGCUGGCAUUUGCCGCAUACGACGGCCUCCUUGUGCCCACAUCACCCACAUUCCCAACCCUCGAACAGGUCACUCUCAGCCCUGUGGAGGAGAACUCGCGGCUGGGCACUUAUACCAACUUUGUCAACUUUCUAGAUUGGUCCGCCUUGUCGGUACCAGCUAGAUUUCGACACGAUGGGCUGCCGUUUGGGAUCACAUUAAUCGCAAACAACUGGCAGGAGCCGCACCUGUUGAGAUGGGCCCGGGCAUGGUUAGCUGGCCAGACAAGGACACUUGGAGCUGUGUCUGCGCGCUGUCUCGAGCCGGCACUUUCGAAACCUCAAGAAGCACACGCUUCGGAGAAGAUGUCCGAGAACAGCAUCAGCGUCGCCGUAGUUGGUGCUCAUCUCUCGGGUAUGCCUCUGAACAAAGAUCUUGUCUCGCGUGGUGCUGUUCUCAGUCGUAAGACGAGGACGUCGAAUCGUUAUCGUUUAUUCGCGCUUCAGAGUGAAAGCGGCCCGUCUCGGCCAGGUCUGCAGCGCCUGCAGGAUGCACAAGCCGGGGCAGAGAUUGUUGUCGAGGUAUGGGAAUUACCCGAGACAGCUUACGCUAGCUUUGCCAACACCAUUCCUUCACCACUUUCCAUAGGAAAAAUAGAGCUUAGAGAUCACUCUUGGGUCUCUGGCUUUGUUUGUGAGCCGUACGGCCUUGAUGGAGCGGUCGACAUCACGCAUUUUUCGGGUUGGCGGUCCUACAUCAGUCACCUGAAUCAGCCAGAGCCAGCCUCACUUGGCUCAGUGUCCACGGUCUUGAUAGCCAAUCGCGGAGAAAUUGCCGUACGGAUCAUAAAGACGCUGCAUCGGCUGGGCCUCAAGGCAGUGGCCAUUUACUCGAGCGUCGACGCCAACUCCCCUCACGGUCACCUUGCGGAUCUAUCCUACGAGCUCAAGGGUCAAUCCGUGGCCGAGACCUACCUCUCGAGCAGCCAGAUUCUUACCAUUGCAAAGUCUGCAGGAGUAGACGCGAUCAUCCCAGGCUAUGGGUUUCUGGCUGAGAAUGCUGAUUUCGCUACGGCCGUUGAGGAAGCCAGUAUCACCUGGGUUGGCCCUACUCCGGCACAGAUGGUCGACCUUGGCCUAAAGCAUCGCGCACGCGCCCUUGCCAUCGAAUCCGGUGUUCCUGUGGUUCCUGGUUCCGAGGGCACGUUAACAUCACUAGACGAUGCACUAGCCGAGGCGCAGAACGUGGGCUACCCGCUGAUGCUCAAAAGCACGGCUGGUGGCGGUGGUAUUGGUUUGAGGCGCUGCGCAAAUGAAGCUGAGUUGAGGGACGCCUUUGAAGGAGUCCAGCGCCAGGCAGUAGCUAAUUUCGGCGACGGGGCCGUCUUCAUAGAGCGCUUCGUUGAACUGGCGCGUCAUAUUGAGAUCCAAAUCAUCGGAGACGGCAGAGGAGCUGUCGUCACAGCUGGUGAAAGAGACUGCACCCUUCAACGACGACACCAGAAGAUUUUCGAGGAAAGCCCCGCGAUCAUGGUGCCGGAAGGACAGCGUGCGGCCAUGAGGGCUGCCGCUGUGCGGCUGGCUGCCCACGUGAGGUACCGCAAUGUUGGCACGAUUGAGUUCAUCUACGACGUGAACAAAGACGAGUUCUACUUUCUCGAAGUCAACACUCGCUUGCAGGUUGAGCAUCCAGUAACCGAGCUGGUGACGGGCUUAGAUCUUGUGGAAUGCAUGCUGCAAGUUGCUGCCGGUCAAGAAGUUGAACUCUUCAGCAGUCCAGUCAACCACCUCCCAACAACAGGGGCGUCCAUUGAAGUGCGAUUGUACGCUGAGAGCCCUCUGGAGCAGUUCCGUCCAUGUGCUGGGACGGUGAGCAAACUGAAUUGGCCCGAAUCCCUACGCGUGGAUACCUGGAUUGAUGAGGGCACUCACGUCACGACGCUCUACGACAGUAUGAUUGCCAAGCUCAUUGCCGUGGGAUCGGACCGUCGCGAGGCUCUAGAGCGACUUGCAGACGGCUUGAAUAACACGGUUGUUGAGGGCGUCCAGACAAAUCUCGACUAUCUGCGGCAAAUUGUGGCAUCGGAAUUAUUCUCUUCGGGAAACUUUCAUACCAAGUCACUGGACUCAUUUCAGUUCAUCUCUUCCACCUUUGAGGUGAUUGAGUGCGAUGGAAGUGUGUCCGUACAAGACUAUCCUGGCAGAACUGGUUACUGGAGCGUUGGAAUCCCACCCAGCGGCCCAGCUGAUAGUCUUUCUUUUCGCCUCGCCAACCGACUUGUGGGCAACGACGACGAUGCUGCAGGGCUUGAGUGUACGCUACACGGACCUCGUCUGAGAUUCCAUCGUGAUGCAGUGAUUGCCGUCACCGGCGGUGAAACACUCUUGCUCAUCGAUGAAAAGCCCGCCCCUCUGAGCACGACUUUGCGCAUUCAAGCCGGACAAACAGUGCACGUGGGUGCUAUCACAGCCGGCUACCAUGUCUACAUUGCCAUUGGUGGUGGUAUCCAAGUUCCGUCCGUUAUGGGUAGCAGAUCAACCUUUGAACUGGCCAAAAUGGGAGGCUAUAAGGGUCGUUCGCUUCGUCCACGAGACAUUGUGCCCAUAGGUACUUCCCAAACCAAGACAAUCAGAUUACUGUCCUGUCCUGUAAUAUCAAUGCCAAAGCAGGUUGGCGGUAAGAGCUGGAGGAUUCGUGUGCUCCCUGGACCACACGGAGCGCCCGACUACUUCACCCAUAAUGGCCUCGUAAAACUAUUCUCCAGUAUAUGGAAGGUACACCACAACAGCAACCGUCUUGGCAUCCGGCUUUCGGGGCCCAAGCCGGAAUGGGCGCGCGAUUCGGGAGGCGAGGCAGGGCUUCAUCCGUCCAAUAUCCACGACAGCCCCUAUUCUAUUGGAAGUGUGAGCUUCACGGGUGACGAAGCUGUGAUUCUCGGAUGUGAUGGGCCGAGCCUUGGAGGCUUUGUCGUUUUUAGCGUUAUCAUCUCGGCGGAUCAGUGGAAGAUGGGGCAGCUGCGGCCAGGAGAUUCCGUAUCGUUUCAGCCCAUCUCUUCUCAAGCAGCACUAAAGCUGGACAGCGAAUUUCAGCGUGCAAUAUCGCAGAUCAGGCUGCCAUACGAUCUCGGGAUUGAAGAAACAGUUGGCACCCCCAAUCUCGACGGCCUGGAAGUCGUUCUCGGAAAGACUACGCACAAUGGCCACGACUAUGUUUGCCGCCAGGCUGGAGAUAAUGCACUGCUCAUAGAGAUCGAUGGCGCCUCUGACUUUGAUCUUGCGAGAAGUUUUGAGAUCUUUGCAUUCUGCGAGCGGCACCGUGAACAGCCUGUUCCUGGCGUCCAAGAACUCACUCCGGGCGUGGGUACUAUUCACGUCAUUUAUGAUCAUGGGCUACCGGCUGCUACGUUGAUCGACCGGCUGUUUGCUCACCUAGCGACAUGUCAAUUAAGACGCAGCAUCCCCUCAAGAACAGUCCGACUACCUCUCGCCUUUGAUGAUACUGUCUGCCGGGCUGCUGUAGAGCGCUAUGCUUCUACAAUCCGUGGCGAAGCUCCUUGGCUCCCAAGCAACAUUGAGUUUUUGCAGGAGCUGAAUGGUAUUGAGGAUAUAUCGGUGCUCUUGCACAGCGCAACUUUCCUCGUGGUCGGCCUCGGUGAUGUCUUCCUUGGCUCUCCUUGCGCAGUGCCACUCGAUCCCCGUCACAGAUUGUUUGGAACCAAGUAUAAUCCCUCACGCUCUUUCACGCCGCGUGGAGCGCUCGUUGGAAGGACAAAGGAUAUAUGGACAUCACCGGAGACUCUACCAUCAACUGUUAAUCAGCCACCCUGGCUAUUCCGCCAAUUCGAUCGCAUAACCUUCUACCCGGUGACAGAAGAGGAGCUGGACAGCCAACCAGCGGAUAAGUUGAUCCAAAUUGUCGAGGGCGAACUGGAACUUGCAUGGUACGAAUCUCUAUUAGCUGGCAAUAAGGAGCUCAUUGCGCAACACCGAGCGCAGCAAAGAGCAUCGAUGCUCAAUGUGUCCUUCCUCGAAGAUUUGUCAAAGCCGUACAUUCCCAAAUCCCGCACAGUGAAAGGAUCUUCCAGGGGGGAAGACGGGAGUGCCUAUGGCACACAGGUACCAUCAGCGAUACCGGGACGCUGCUUUGAAUUGCAUGUGCAGCCUGGACAGAAGAUUACCAAGGGUCACCCACUGGUAAGCAUUGAGUCGUGCAAGAUGGAGGUUGUCGUCAGGAGCCCCCUUGAUGGAGCGUGCAGUGCUGUGCUGGUUGAAGCCGGAGAUAAUGUCGACGCUGGAGAUGUAUUAGUGGUUAUAGAUUAA